GCCGAUUACGUCACAUACAUGCACCCUUAUUCCAAGAUGGCAGCCCCCAGUGCGUAUGGAAUUCCUAGACUACCGGGAUUUGUAUUCACUGAGAAACUAGGCAGUGGUACCUAUGCUACAGUUUACAAGGCAUAUCGAAAAAGUCAACAAAGGGAAGUGGUGGCAAUCAAAUGUGUAUCCAAAAAGAGCCUCAACAAAAUAUCAACAGAAAAUCUUCUCCAAGAGAUUGAAAUCCUGAAGAAGAUUAAGCAUGAAUACAUCGUGGAACUCAAGGAUUUCCAGUGGGAUCAGCAUUACAUCUACUUGAUAAUGGAGUUCUGCAGCGGAGGCGACCUGUCCCAGACCAUCCAAAAAAGAAUAGCUCUUCCAGAGGCUACUGUCAAAAGAUUUCUCAGACAGCUAGCCAGUGCCCUCCAGUUCCUUAAUUCAAGAAGCAUCACACACAUGGACCUCAAACCUCAGAACCUUCUCUUAUCAAAUUCAUACAGCCCAGUACUAAAGAUGGCAGAUUUUGGUUUUGCUCAGCAUAUCACAGAGGAUGUACAGACAGACAUGCUGCGUGGAUCACCCCUCUAUAUGGCCCCUGAGAUCAUAACAGACAGGAUUUACAAUGCAAAGGCCGACCUCUGGUCAGUUGGGGUCAUAAUGUUUGAAUGUCUUUUUGGUGGUCCACCCUUGGCGUCAAGUUCCUAUGCCCAGCUAGCUGAAAAGAUUAGAAGUCCUAAACCUAUUGAGAUUCCUACCUUUGUUGAGACGUCUGAUUCAUGUAGAGAUUUACUAUCAAGACUUCUCAAGAGAGAUCCAGGAGAGAGGAUAGACUUUGAAGAAUUUUUCCACCAUCCGUUCAUCGAUCUGGAACACAUGCCUUGCCAAGAUUCACUUGAUAAAGCUAGAACAAAUGUAAUGGUAGCUGUGAAAUCUGAUCAGAAAGGAGAAUGGAAAGAAGCAAUCAGGCUUUAUCUCAAAGCCAUGGAAUAUUUUAUCCCUGCCGUCCAAUAUGAGCAAGAUCCCACCAAGAAAGAAGCUCUAAGAACGAAAGCCAGUGAGUACAUGAGGAGAGCCGAAGAGUUGAAGGGAUUAUUAAAACCAAAGAAGACGUCUUUGAACGACUCCAUCCAGAGUGACGCUGAGCUAGCUUGCAGUUCUUCCACCGAAUCAGGACCAGUGCAUGAUAUCCAUCUGUUAGAUAAAAUGGCUAAUGGUAACCCAGAAAUGAAAGUUGCUGUGAAACUUGUCAAAGAUGCAAUAAGAGAGGACAGCAGUGAAGCAUAUCAGAUUGCACUUGACCUCUAUGAACAAGCUCUUGCUCAUCUGAUGCCAUUAUUACAAGUGGAACAAAAGGGAAAACGGAGGGAUCUACUGUUGAAGGAGACAGAGAAAUGCAUGGGCAGAGCCGAGGAUUUAAAGCAGUAUAUCGAGAUUGAAAAGAUGAAACCGAUGAGACAGUCUUCAUUGGACAGACACAUACAAGGAAAUGACCAUAGCAAGGAAUGUAAGUCAUUGAAUUAUUUCAGUUUCAUUUCAUUUGAUCCCCAUACCCUGUUCAGGUUUGAUAACAUCAUCAGCAACUAGCCACCCUAAAACCAACAGUAAGUUGCCAAAAAAUGAAUUUUUAUAUUGUUAUCGAACAUGAAAUAGUUUUCAAGAUUUGUUUCGGUGCGGCGCAGCAACAGCGAACAAUCUGUCCCCUGACGAAGUAGCCGUUCUUGGUCUAGCCAACAGAGUGGCAUUGCGGCCUGAAAGCACAUUCCAAGUUUAAGAUUAUAAUUUAUGUGACUUGGUUGGCUUUUGGUUGGCAGCUCGGGUCACAUUAAGAAUGUGUCAUUUUACAUUGUCUGCGUGCUUGAAAGCUUGUAUUAUUUCAGACUAAAAUGUUCAUUGUCUAUUGUUAGCCAUAAUGCAAAACAAUUUACUCAUAGAAAAAUUAUGAAUAAAAACUUCAUACAUAAAUGACAAGUAUUAAAAUAAAUAUCUGUAAUAACUGCUGGGAAUAUCCCAGAUAUGGCGAUUCAUGGAUACAGCAGGGGAGCUUGUUCCAGAGGCAUGGCGCGGCAGCAGCGAAUGAUCUGUUCCUGUCCUUGGUCUUGCCAACAGAGUGGUAUCAUUGCCUAAGCGCAGUCUAUGCCUUUCAGUACUUUUGCAGAGAUUAAUAUGCCAUUGUGUCAAGAGGAUAGGAUACAUACAGUAAAAGAAAUGAAUAUUCAUGCAGAUGAUGUGUGGUCAAGCUUUUGAUUCAAACUGUGCACAUCUGAGUUUGAAUAUUCAUAAGCUCAUCUCCAAAUAUUGCACUCUAAUUUGUUAAAGCUCAUAUGAACAGAUCAAGACAAAACUCAGGGACAGCUCAGGGGACGGCAAGGCAUGAUAAGUCAUAACAUUUUUGUGUGCACUAGACCUUUUAUUUAUUAUGGCAUUCAUUAGCUAGUUACAUGGAACAAAUCACAAACAUGUGUUAUGGUUUAAGUACAGCAUAUUGAUGACUAUCUAAUGAUGUUCUGGUAAGAAUCAAAUAGCCCUAUACGGCACCCUCAAGUCAAGUUGCGUAUCGGGUGAUAAAAUUUGUUUCAAGUAAUACCUUCAUCACCACUGUUAGUGAAUGGGGAAGCAAAAAACUCAUUAUUGAAAUGAGUCCCCCAACUGAUGGUGAUUCCUGUGUAGCUUUAUUCAAACCAGCACGGCAUCAUGGAUAUGUGAAGGGGCAGGGAGGUGGCAAAUAUGGCAAUAAUGAAAAAAAAAAGGUUUAUAACUUAAAACAAAAAUCAAUAUAUCAUCAAAUGGGAGGCUCAGUUCUAAUAUAGAGAAGAACUUUGGCAGAAAGGGUAGCCAUGCCCCCUCCCCUGCUUCUACAAUUGCAACUGUGUAAAUAUUGAACAUUACACAAUACAGUAUGCUAUUUAAUACAUUUAUCAUCCGAGAUGGAGUACUGUUUUGAUGAUGAUGAAUUUGCAUAUAGUAGGUGGCCAGGCUAGCUCAGUCGCAUAUUCUAGAUAUUGACAUAGUCAGACAAUGUGAGAGAAUAGAAGAAGAGAAUAAAUACUAGUAGAAUAUCUUUAGAUUCUUUAGAAUGCACAUUUCAGGACAAAUUGACUACCUAUUUUGGUGUGGCCAAAUGACUUUUAAGUCUUGGAAAUCAACCACAAUGGCCCGAAUUCACAAAGGUGGUUUUGAAAACCACCGGUUGAACCCAUGGUUUAUGCAGAUUGUCUGUAUAAAUUAUGCUUGAUUUGCCGUGUAUACUUAAAAGUGUCCAAUGUCGAUGCACGCUUUGGUCACAGUGCGCCAAAUUGACGCCUGUUGCCAUGGUUAAGUACGCUAUUUUAUUCAUGAGUCCACUGUUUUGAAUUAAUGAGCCCACUGUUAAAACAGUGGACUCAUGAAUAGAUUAGCGUACUUAACCAUGAAAACAGGUGUCAAUUUGGCGCACUAUGACAAAAGCUUGCAUCAGCAUUGGACUUUUUAAAAUAUACACGGUAAAUAAGCGUAAUUUAUACAGGAAAUCUGCAUAAACCAUGGGUUCAACCAAGGGUUUUCAAAACCAUCUUUGUGAAUUCGGACCAAUUUAUCUUAAAAAAAGAUUACAAAUUUCUACUGGCUCAAAUCAGGGUUGGGAAAAUAUUCAUCCUUGGCAUUUCAUUUGCAAUUAAUUAUAAUGUAAAUAAAUGAACAUCAAUUAAGAAUUCAUGUAUUUUUGUUUAAAGUCACAUGAAUUGGAUUUCCGAAUGCAUUAAUCAAAGUAGACAUAAAUUGGUUAAUGUAGACCAUAUUAAAUUCCAUAUGGAUGAAUUGUUUGAUCUAAUAUGUUUUGUUUGAUCUCAUAUAUUUUGUUUGAUCUAUUGAGCUUGUUAAUAUUUCUGGGAUUUAAUCAUUUCUCUGAUCUAAUUAUGGAGUGUUUUCCCCAGAGCAUUUGAAUCAUUACAGACUUGGAGGCAGUAUUACAGUCUCAGAUAAUCGAUAGACAUGUACUUAUGCAUCAUUUUCUUUUGAUGUCCUGUGUGGAGAGAGUAAUAUUUUUUUUAUAAAUGCCUGUGGUGAUUAGAUAAUUGCUAUGGUUUUUAUGAUCAGUGAUCUUUCGCUAUAUUAGUGAAACUAAUCCCAAAUGACAGUAAAUCAUUAUAUGAAAACCAUGAUUGCUAUUGGUAUUAGGGUUUAAUAGUACACCUGUACUUUGCGAAUUUUAGUCAAGUGUAGUGUCUGCGUGUGUGUGGGUGUGUGUGUGUAAUUGAGUCUUUACACACAUGUUUCAAUCAGUUAUGAUUAUUUACAUGUACCUCUGGGACCCACCUUUAACAUAAAAAAAAGCUAUAAAAGGACUUGCCCAAGACCAAUCCCAUUGUAGAGUUAGGCAUAGAGAUAGCUUUGAGCCAGGUGUAGAGUUAGGCAUUAGGCAGGAAUAGAGUCAAGCCUUCAUACAGUUAGACAUAGAACUAUCCAAAUUGCAUACUUGUGGAUU